AUGGGAGACAACCCAAGCGAGCCAUCGACUUCUCUCAGCCAUUCCGCGUGUUCAAUAGGACCCUCAGUUGGAAGUGAGGAAACAAGCUCAUGGCAAGAUGGAAAGGUUAAGCGCCACAACGGGAGUAUAGAACCCCAGACGACUCCGGUGGAUCUUCUGAGACCUUCAGCUGACAAGGCCACCGGAAACAGAAAAAAUGAACCCCUUGAUCGUCAGCACUGCGUAGUCGUCCAGGGUCUAUCGGAGUCGGAUGCUCCUACCCCGAAGGAGAGGAUCUCCGCUGACCUUAAUAUGCUUCAACACCUUCUGAACGAAAUGCUUAAUUCGAAUGAAAAGAUAACCAUUCGCGCAGCCUUCAGGAUCGGAAAGAAGGUGAGCGAACAAUCAGAAACUGUGCGGCCACGACCUCUGAAAAUUGUUUUGAACAGUAAAGAGGAAGCUAGCUUACUUCUGUCCAGGAAAAGCAGCCUCCGAAACUUUCACAAGGAAGUUUUUUUCAGCCGGACUGUUCUCCAGCUGAACGUCUGAAACGCCGCGAAUUGGUAACGGAGUUGAAGAGGAGACUUGCAGCGGGAGAGAGCAACUUGGCCAUUUUCAGGGGACGAGUAAUACAGAGAAACGCGAUGCUGUUUUGGAACCAGCCAGUCAUCAUGAUGGCGGCAGCAACAUAAUAUUGGCAAACCCGAGACAAACCGAACGAAGCACUGUCGAAUGUUGCAAACUAAAAUUCUUUUACACCAAUGCUCAGAGUCUGUUUUCCAAGCUUGACGAACUGAGAAUACAGGUAGCCGAUACUCUUCCCGAUGUUAUAGCAAUAACAGAAACGUGGCUGUCAGAGGACGUUGGCGAUUGCGAGGUAGCAUUAACAGGAUACCAUUUGUUUAGGAGAGACAAGAGAGGCCGCCGGGGUGGAGGAGUUGCCAUGUAUGUCAAGAGCAACUUAGCAGUGUGUGAGAGGACCGACAAGAUUUAUAACGACACAGAGGCAAUUUGGCUGACUAUAAAGGCGCGGGGAUCUCAGUCCCUCGAAGUCCUAACUAUCUACCGGCCCCCGCAGGCGGAUCCCGACCCAGAUACUUGUCUACUGAAAAGCAUAAAAGAGAUCGCCAGCCGACCAGACGUUGUUAUCAUGGGGGAUUUUAAUGCAGCAUGCAUUCAAUGGAGCGAUAUGCAUGCGAAAUGCUCGAUGAAUACCUUCGAUUACCAUCUACUAAAGACAACUCUAGAAGCUCUACUCACGCAGCAUGUCCUGUUUCCAACUAGAGCUCGUGGAGGGCAACAGGCCAGUUGUCUCGACCUCGUUUUUACCAAAGAUCCUGACAGUAUAGACGAGGUGUACUACCUACCCCCGCUCGGUCGAAGUGAUCAUGCAGUGCUUUUAUGCGAGUACUUGCUGUAUUCUGAACCGUGUACAAAAGACAAUACGAGGCCAAAUAUAUAGAAAGGGGACUUUCGCCAAAUGAGAGCUGAGGCAUCACAAAUAGACUGGGAUGUUCUCUUCUCCGGAAACGUUAACGAGGACUAGAAUUUAUUCAAGGAUCGUUUACUGCAUCUAAUUAAGAACCACUGUCCCUUAUCAAAGCCUAGGACAUCCAACCGCCGUCAGUGGCUUACACGAGAACUCAAAAGGGAGAUCAACAAGAAAGGUAGGUUAUGGAAAAAAUUUCGCGAGAACAACAAUAAUGCAGCGUUUACAGAAUACAAAAUUCAAAGAAAUAAGGUGAAAAGCCUGAUUUUCAGGAGGCGACGGGAUUUUGAGAGUAAUUUGCUCCACCGAGCCGUUAAAAAUCCGAAAUUGCUCUACAGCUAUUUGCGGAAAAGCACACGUAACAGGAAUCCCAUUCCUGUUAUAAGGGGUGAUGACGGCUUGGAGAUAUCGGACAGUACAAAUAAGGCUGAGCACUUUUCUCAAUUUUUCCGAUCCGUUUUCACAAGAGAAGCGGACUUUACCCCAUCUAAUUCUGAGAACAUGAGAGAUCCCACUAUCGAAAAUAUUGUGUUUCGAGAAGAAGCGAUCUUGGAAGAACUGAAAAGCUUGAAGGAAUGUAAAUCUCCCAGUCCGGACGAGAUUCCAGCAAAGCUGCUCUUUGAGCUUUCCCAACAGCUGGCCAAGCCACUAUCCUUUCUGUGCCGAAAAUCGUUUGAUGCUGGAAUUCUUCCCACAGACUGGAAGACGGCCCACAUUACACCCCUUUACAAAAGGGGUAGUCGUGCUCAGACGACAAACUACAGACCCGUCAGUCUGACAUCAAUCUGCUGCAAAGUGAUGGAGAAAAGCAUCAAAAAGGAGUUGACGGCUUACUUGGAAACCCACAACCUCUUGUCCAAUACACGAUAUGGUUUCCGUAGGGGAAGAUCAUGUGUUACGAACUUGCUAUACACAUUGCAAAGUUGGACACGAGCACUGGACGCAAAACACACCGUGCAUGUUGCCUACAUUGAUUUUCGGAAGGCGUUUGACAGUGUUCCGCACCAGCGUCUCCUACACAAGUUGAGAAUUAUGGGCAUCGGUGGCAAACUUCUCAAAUGGAUCGAAAAUUUCCUUGUCGGCCGCUCCCAAAUUGUCUGCGUAGAACAACAGCAAUCAAGGUGCACAUUCAUAGAGAAUGGGGUCCCACAAGGCUCGGUGCUCUGACCAACUCUCUUUCUCUUGUUCAUCAAUGAUUGCGUAGAUGGGUUGGACUGUGAUUGUGCCAUGUUUGCAGAUGACAUAAAAAUCUGGAAAGUCAUCCAGAAUGCUGCCGAUGAGACCAACUUCCAAGAAAAUCUUUGUCGGUUGGACGAGUGGUCCCGCAGAUGGCUCUUGUCCUUCAAUUUGAACAAAUGCACCAUUCUGCGCCUCGAAAGUCAGACCCCUAGUACGCGGCAAUACUAUCUGAACGGAAUGCCACUCCGAGAAGCAGAAACUCAGAAAGAUCUCGGAGUUUGGGUUGCAGACAGCCUAAAGCCUUCUACACAAUGCUGUAAGGCGGCCAAGGCCACAACGUCAAUGCUAUGUGCCAUCAAGCGGGCAUUCGUAGUUUUCGAUGAAGACUGCUUCACCAAAGUCUUCGGCACGUUUAUAAGGCCCCAUCUCGAAUAUGCAAUUCAGGCCUGGAGACCGUGGACGCACCAGGAUUACGAUCUGCUCGAAAGGGUGCAGAGGCGAGCCACAAAAUUAGUAAGAGGUCAAAGUGCACUGCCAUACGAGAUCCGCUUAACUAACCUUAACCUCUAUCCUCUGAGUUACAGGCAGUUGCGCGGAGACAUGAUACAAACUUUCCGUAUCGUGCGCGGCUUGGAUUGUGCCCUUCGAUGCGAUGACUUUUUCCAACUCGCCACUACAACUCACCUCCGGGGACAUCCAUUCAAGCUACGUGUGCCACAGGGUAGACUGAAUGUGAGAAAAUAUUUCUUCUCCAACCGUGUCGUGGAACCGUGGAAUAACCUGCCCGAGACGGUUGUUAUGUCUCAAUCUGUGGUGACAUUUAAAUGUCGCCUUGACAGAUAUAUGCUGCAGCAACAAGCGGACUAUGUGACUUUUUAACCAUGUGACUAGUGACAUAUGUGAAUCAAUGUAUGCACUCACUUAAUGCUGUAAUUUCUUCACAUUUUUGCCUGUUUAUCGAUUUUUUACGUACAAAUAGGGAGUUCAAAGGCGUAAGCCUAUUUCCCUCAAAUACACUGACUGACUGACUGUUUCCUCCACAGCCGUUCUACCAAUGUAUUCCUCAUGCUUAUGUCUAUACUGGAUCAGUUAACUCAUCCGAUCCUCAGUUUCGUUCCGACGGGAAUGUGUUACGGUAUCUGCCCUGCGGAUUUUCAGCUGAAAAUAACUUAGCUAACAAUGGUUACCAGUUUACCUGCCCGUCAGUCCCUCCCCCAAGUCCUACCCCUAUUUAUUCACGUCAGAAUUUUUCGAUGCCACAAAAUUUUUUGCAGAACCGGAUGGUUGCAUCCGGACCGUUUGCUCCGUGGGCGACCCAGAACUGGACGAUGUAACCAACCUUCCUCAGAAACUAACAGCCCUUCCCUUCAAACUUUUUGCUUUAAAUGCCAGAUCCUUGCUUAAUAAGAGGCCUUUGCUUCAGACUCUGGUGUUCGUUCAUUGUUCAGAUAUUGUUUUAGUAACUGAGACGUGGGCAUCAGCCUCAGUAGCUGACUCCGAACUCUCUUCUAGGCCACAAUUGCAUUCGAAAUGAUCGCCAAGAUAACCGUAAUGGGGGCAGCAGCCGUUGGACCUCCCGCAUUUUUUCGCAGUAGAAGGCAGCUGCUGGCUCCAGGUUGCCCUAAAAACUAAGUUCUCUUUACUCGUUGGCUGUGUCUAUCGCCCUCCCAACGCCAAUGACAAUUUUGAUCGUUUACUCUCACAGGCAUUUCAUGCUGCGGCCGACUCGAGCUUUAAGUGUCAAUUGGUUGCGGGUGACUUUGAUCUCCCUGAAGUCCGCUGGUCUCCGCCUUCAGGCCCCAGAAGGUUCGAAGACUUUCUUGAGGCUGUGGAUGUUGGGAUCUGGACUCAGGUUGUCGAUUUUCCCACCCGAGGCUCAAGCAUACUUGACCUAAUUUUCUGUAGAGGCUGCGUGCCAUCGUCAGUGUCAUCCCUAGGCCCACUCGGGAGCUCAGACCAUGACAUAGUUGUUUCAACGUUGGAAUUCUAGGCUGACAAAACGUCUUUCCCAAAGUAUAACUUUUUCCGCGAUUCCCAAUCAACUCGCUCAACCGAAUUAUUAACACCCUUAAUUCCUACGACUGGACUGAUUUCUUCCUUAGUUCGGAUGUAAAUGUUUGCACUGUAAAUCUGUACGAAAUUUUGGAUCCGCUGAUUUCUCGUUUUGUCCCACGUAAAAAAAUUAUUAAUGUUGGGGAUGACGAUUUCCUACCCUUACCCUUUCGCCAGAGAUUUCGCAGACUUUAUCAUCGUUUCCAUCUUCAGAACGAAGUUUCUUUUCUGCCCUUGAUUUGUGAUAUUUUUGAUCGAGCUAAGAGAUUGUCAGAAGAAAAAUAGCUAGCCGAAAAGGUCCAGUUUACCGAAAACCAUUCGUUAAAUGUCUCGAAACUUUUCUCUAGAAAAAUACGAACUCACCGAAAGACGCAGCAACCCAUCCUCCGAGACGCUCUCGGAAAUCCCAUAGUUGAUGCCCAGUUAACCGCUGAUAACUUUAAUGAUUUCCUGUCCAAAACGUUUAUUGAAGACUCGACCACUCCACUUCCAACCAUCGAGUCAUUGACCGGGGCAGUUCUAGAAACUAUAACUUUCACUCUGUGGGAUGUAACUGUUGCGAUGUGUCAGUUAACAGUGAAUAACUUACUGAGUGCUGUUUAACAUGGAUUCCUCAAAGCUCGAUCUUGUGACACCUGUCAGCUCUCUUUCUUUGACUAUGUUCUCCAAUAUAAGGACAAUGGUUUUGCACCUUACACAGUAUAUUUCGAUUUCACCAAGCCUUUUGAUCGUGUUGACCAUGCUCUUCUUCUCUUGAAACUAUCCUCUUUCGGAAUAGGUGACAAACUUUUGAAUUUUAUAACCUCUUACCUGGGCACUCGUACACAACGAGUUAAGAUUUCCAAUACUAUCUCCAACCCCACACGUGUGAGGACUGGAGUCAUUCAGGGUAGUGUACUCGGCCCACUUCUGUUUUGCCUUUUCGAUAAUGAUGUACGCGACUUAUUUCAGAAUGGUAAGCCUUUCAUGUAUGCCGAUGAUCUUAAAGUUGCAUAUCGAUAUAAGUCGGCAGAUCAUGACAUCGGGCUUGAGCUCCUUAAGAGCGAUCUACAGGCUUUUUCCCAAGUGUGCCGCUCAUGGCGCCUUUCUCUUUCUUGGCAUAAGUGCUCAGUCAUGGUGGUUGGCGACGACCACCAACCUCAACUAAGCAUUGAAGGUCACGCCAUAAAUAUGCCUGGGGCUAUUAAGGAUCUGCGCGCAUCAUACUCCAAGAGUCUCAAUCUCUCGGAGCACUGUGCCUUGAUAGUCUCCAAAGCACGUAGAACGACCGGGUUUAUCCACCGAAAUUUUAAAACUAGGGACAUCAGAAUGCGCCUUUUCAACAUGUACGUUAGACCUGGUCUGGAAUACUGUUCGUUUUCAUUUAGCCUCAUGCGUGCUACUGAGCGGAAGAAAAUAGAAUCCGUUCAACACUUUUUUACCAAGAGAAUUUUAACCCCGGAACACCGACAUUUGUCUUACCAAGAACGUUGCCGGCUUACGGGCCUUGAUCUUUUGUAGUUCCGUGGAUUACAAAAGGGACUAUUUUUGCUAUUUAAACUCUUAUGUAAUCACAAAUUUAACCCAGUCGACUCUUUAAGAAAUCAUAUCCACCCACGACGUAACAGUCACCGUGAGGUCUUCUUAUUUCUGCCUCUGGCACGUACUGUUAAAUAUCGUCGGUUGUAUUCUGUAAAUGCCAUUGCUAUUUGGAAUAUACUACCCAUGAAUGUGAAAACUCUGCAAAAUUAUGCUUUGUUUAAGAGAACUAUUACUCGAUUUUUGCAUUCAGAAAAGCUCCCACAAAUUUUGGCUGCUGAAUCUACUGAUCGACUGUACCGUAGCGAUGGCGUUUGUGGUCUCUGAACACUAUGGCCGGUCUCACCAGCUGUUCCUCAACGCCUCUACUUUGACUAUCCCCAACUUCAUGAAAGGACUUUGACGUCCGAUAAUCUCCGAUGCCGUGCAACCUCCCCCCCCUUCUUGACGGUCGAAAAUCUACCACCAGCAGUUUUUUCGCCUGAACCCUCCAAACCAUGAAAACCACCAUCAACUAUAUUUUUAUUUCUUUACCUCAGGAGUUUUUUUCACUGCUGGUCGGAUUUGUGUUUAAUCGCUUCCCUUGACAAUGCCUGUAAACUGGCAUUAAAUAAAUUAUUAUUAUUAUUAUUAUUAUUAUUAUUAUUGUGUACUAGACACUUUCAUUUUAACGAACCUGUGCUUUCGCGUCCGAUAAUUUAUAUUUGGUCCUAGUAAGUCUCCCCACCUAAAUGAUUGCACAGAUGGUAAAGGCGUCCACGCACCCUCUUUUCAUCCGGGCUUAUUUUACUGAGGGAAAAGUGAAUGUAACUGUUUACACACCAACCGUAGCGUUAAAUAACGGGGUUACGCAGUGGAAGGUUGUAGAACCGAAACAGACGCGUUCAUCUGGCGGGAUUCGAAUGCACGUCUUUAGUGAAGAAUUCGUUCGUUCAAUUCUCGGGUCCACAAAUGGACAUGUAACUGGAAAAGUUUCCCUUUCGGCCUUUCACUGACGGGAAGAUCAAGAAGUUACAGGGCGCAAAAUUCAUGUUAUCGUUACCAUGCUCGAGAAUAAUGAACCUCCACCUAUCCUGUCUCACUUGGAGAAUGAAUAAGGUUAAAUUCGUGCCCACGAUCUGGUUCUGAUGACAAAUUCAAGGACAUUCCGAAACAACAUGAUUCACUGGAAUCAGCAUAUAAUUCAGGAUGCCUAUAUCUGCUCUCCGUACCCAACUUAUUGCCACUUCAGUCUUGAAUGAUUUCGAAGAUUGCGCGAAAUCCUCUUCCCCAAAUGUAUAAUAUUGAUAUCACAAUUUUCCUGUAUAUCGGCAAGGAUUGCGCGAUUCUUGAGAACUCCAUAUCCAUAUUAUGAUAUGAUUUUCGACCACGUACGAAGUUAACGGAGGGAAUAAGCACGCACAGAAUCUACUCUUGCAGGCCUGUUGGAUCAAUGCAAAGUAGAUGUCAACGUACUUAUUCUCACGUGGUUACUGUAUUCCUUAUCUGGAGACGUGUUCUCAGUUAAAGCUACACGUAUACCCAUGACUUGUGAUGUGUCGGUGAAUAAUACCGGGAGACUUUUGAGAACGUUCUUCAGCUCUCUCAACCAUACGGUUCUCAUAUUUUCCCCCUUCUGGUGUACUAGCGCGCUAACUCAAUUUCGGACAUGCUAAUAUCGGGCUUACUUCCUUGCAACCGACUGCCACAACAAUACUGUCAGAAACUAUUUCUAUUUCUAUGCAUUAUUCAUAGGUGGUAUACAACCAUCGUGCAGAUAGGUAAUUCAGUUAUAUUCAGGUUGCAUGACCACUGACAGGGCUUCAUGCGUUAGAAAAAAGUUUAGCAUCUGGCUCAAGUAGGCUGAAAUGAACAAUUUUAGGCUAUCGACGUCAGGGGAAAGAAUCUUCUAUGGGCUUUCGGUAACUUGGGGUCGGGUGAAAAUUGAAGCGAUUCAGGAGAACGCGGAGCGACAAGACGCCCUUACCACCUAAAAUUCUUACAGUUUGUUCCAUCCUUCUGGGGUCUCCGACAAACAAAACUGCAAAGUUUAAUUUAAAUUUGUAUCUAAGCAGAUUUGAGCAGGAGGGCCGCUUAAACAUUUUAACAAAGGAAUAAGCCAACACUUACUUCGAAUUACAUGGGCAUCUUUAGGUAUGCUAUGCAACGUCCAGCGGAUUCGAGAAUUAUGUAGAUAAGGAAUCACUGGAUUAGUGCAUAAUCUCCGUUUUUUUACUGUCAGAUUUAGUAGUCAGCGUCUCGUUUCUAAUGAAUUCAUCUCUCCGGACAGACCAAGGCAGACAUUCAAGGCAAGAAACCACGAAAUAAUCAGUAGUCGGGAGGUAGGGACAACAGGGCAUUCUGUUUAUGCGUGUACAUAUUUGGAGAAUUAGAGGCAGAGCCCUUGAUGACCCUAUUUCUGUACAGUGCUUUCGCAGAUUCGCACUCAAAAUAAAGUUGCAGGCAUUUACAAUGUGGUCGGUUCAGUGUACGAUCGUAAUGAUAAGGAGGCGCAUCUGUUCACUGCAUGUCAGUGUGGGAGGUUUGUGUAUGACAGUGUUUUACCUAGCUGGCUGUGAGCAGUCCUGCUGUAAAAGUCGGCUUCUGUCGAAAUUUGAGCGAGCAAGUGUUCUUUUAAGCAUGCAGGUUGUGUCAGCUGUCACCAUCUCGCUUGAAAGCGAGUUCCACGGUCGGAAAACCCGCUGGCUGAAUGAAAACUCUCUACGGUCUAACUGCGUCCGCCCACUCUUGAAUUUGUAGGCAUGACCACGUUACUGGUUUAUACUAUCAAACUCAAAGGAAUUCUCCGUUCUUAAUGAGCAACCUUGGUCGCGGACAAUCCGGAAACGUAUAAAUGCAGGUUUAGAUAGUGGAAACGCCUAAACUACUCGGAGAAACUGUUUGGGCUUUACAAAUAAGCUCCUGGUGUAGAAACAUGUGUAGUAGACGGGUGGAAGUAAAGCUGCUGAGUGCGAUGUACAGAGGCAAAUAUUAAUGUCGGAAUAGAAAAAUAGGAAAAUCGAUGUCACUUAUCGAAGAGGCAGUUCAUCGGAGUGGAUUAGUCCUCGUACCACGGCGGCCACAGACUAUCUGCAAAAGCAACAUUCGACUAAAAUAUUAGUGGGUCCGUUAGGUCGCUAGUUUGUUACUACUGUACUAUCAUUUUCGUGAUUAGACUUGCAUGAGGGCGAUUGACUGGCCUUACCACAUAGUCAUUCGCCGAGUUCAUGCUCCGAAUUGGGUUAACUGUGAAUAUGCUUAUCCUGUGAACUACUCUGAUCCACCGCAUUCAACGAAAUUCAUUCACGCAACAUUUUAUAUGUCUAAUUAACUUUGGUGAAGAGAACAACUUAUUGCUUGAUGAAGUUGAGUAAGAAAAAGUAGUGAAAAGCCUAUACACGAAGAUGAUGAGCAUUAUAAUUUCAUAGGUUGGAUUUGAUCUGAUCUAAUCGCAGGUCUUUGUUGUGGGGGCAGAAUGGAGGAUAGGAAUACCACCUGCAAUCUGUAAACCCCGACCUGUCCUGACAACUCAGUAACUCUGAUUAGUAAUUGCGCAUAAUUUGGUUUUCAGGCUCCGAGCACUUUGUUUGGUCUUACGAGUGUUCAUCCGGGAUGAAUAAAGAAUCAAAACCGAGGGUUAGAAAACGAGUCACUCACAUUGUAACCGACAACAAAGAUCGUCACAACUAUGGAAGCGAGAAGCCCCUUUUUAUAUAUUGUUGCAUUUGUGGACAGAUGUCACUCAUACUUGACUGUCCUCUUGAGAAACUGCCCGAACGCCCUCGUGAUCUUUCCCGCGUUCUCGACGUGUCCAAGAGAGCUCAUAAAAUAAAUGCCACCGAUGCAAGUCCGUCCAGCUGCGUCUAUGUAAGGUGGGAGGACGGGAUUGAACGGCAAUAUCGGAGGUACUGCAAGAGCUGCGGACUCUUAUUGUUCUACAGACACAGCGUCAAGGGUCACGUCGUAAGUACCAUCUGAGCCUUUUCAACUGUCGUGAACGGAAUUUCGUCCCGUUUUUGAUAUCAGGUGUGGUUCGUCACCCCUUCACGAAGUGCAUGUCACUUCGCUUUGUUGUGAGUGGUCGAUCUCAAAAUUUUUCGCAGUACCUUACUGACUGCAGUCAUUUCUCGCACACUUGAUGUCCAGAUAUAGAGUUUCGAUAUAUGCAUGCGUAUAUAUAUGCGCCAUUGUAGUUUUCUCCCUGGAAUUCCUCUUUCCUCAGAAGUUGACUUUACUUAAUCGAUCCGUAUAGUACCAAAACUUAUCUGAAGUUACACUGUGGAACCAUUAAAUAUAGGCCUCAUAACUCUGUAUCCUUCCUGUUCCUCACUUGUUUUCAAAUAUCCGCUGUCUUCGUUUUGACAAUAACACUGUAUCCUCCAAGUUGUCAUACUGUCGAAUCACAUGUGCGAUUGUCUGCUUUGACACCCCCGUUUUUUCUACCAACUAAUAGUGACUAAUUUUGGACCACUUGUUUCUUGCUUAAUUCAUAUGACAAUUUUGGCAGCUAGCGGUUGAUUUUUCUCGGACAUGUUUGGUGUAUUCUAACAAGUGGCUUAAAUACUUGACCAGACCGGCGUGUGCUUUGUUAAAUCAGCGAACUUCAACUCAUUGAUAGGUGCCGAAACUGCGACUCUCGCGCUCCUUUCAUGGGCGCCGACUGCCGUACAAUUAGCCUCUGCUUAAACUACCUUUAACUGCAAAGUUCUCCCGCCGGAUGAUGCGUCCCCACUAUCAUUGACAGUUUGUUUAUCUUUCCUGCUAAACCCGUGCACUACGGCGCGGACUGCAGUCAUAUACCGACCGCCAAAGUGAAUUUCCAGCUAGCACAUAAUCUCCGCAUCUGUCACAAAUGUAGACUAUGCACUCGGCCUUGCCCAUCUGAGUUCCGGUCUAGAAUGAUCGCCAACCUAAUAAGGCGUAGCGGUUACCCUCCAAAAGCGUGUUCUGUUAUUAAACGUUUACUCUGAAUAAGUAGCUAAAUCAAGUAGCUAGUGACCCUACUAGCCGGGCUCUAGUAUGCUUAAAUUCUCAGUUUCCACUAUUUCUAUUCUACAUCCAUAACUGCGCUGAAUCCUCUUGUACACAGCCAAAUCAUUAAGCUCUUUUUCUCCGGGACAGCUUGAGGUUUAACUUAGUGGUUCAUAAAGGUACUAAUUGGUGUCCAUCUCUCUUGCUAAAAUAUUUGUUGCGCUCCCUGUUUGAAGGCGGACUUCAUAGUUAACGGCGCCCUACACCUACAGGUGGGCAAUAUUGGGCUCACGCCUUCUGCGCUAGCUACACGGUCAGUCAAAAUGGAUGGUACAGAUGCGGGCGAGGCAAAUGUAAAGCUGCUUACCGCACUUGCCUCUCAAGCAGCCGCUUUGCAAGCUGAGGGUGUACCGGCUCCCAAGAUGCGUCGUAGCGUACAACAGCAGGAAACCACGCAGGGUGUGGACACUGCCGUCACAGUUUCGACCAUCGAGGACGAGGAGGAGGAAGCCGAAGCCAAGGAGAUUGCUGACUCCUACGCCGCCAAUGCCCGUGUCAUUGAAGCUCAGAUGAUACGCAGGGGUAUCAUUAAGCGACGGCUUGUUGACGAGGUACGAAUUCAUUUUUUGCUAACUUGUAGUUUUCUCUGCUGUCAACUUUGACGUUCCUUCUUUUAAAGAAUGCGGAUGUUGUAAUUAUCAAUAAGACUGGGAAUCGUGUGAAAACUAGCAUUGGUGAUUGGUGCUAGUGAACGCCGUGGAACUAGCCACCUACCUAACCCUCGUUCACGAUGGGUGGACCAGGAUCGAAGAACUUCAAAACUCGCCUCGUGCAUCUUUGCUUGAGACUGUUGCUACUCUGCUCUCAUACUAUUGUACAGCCCUGACGGUGAAUAACCGGGGGUAUAUGUUUGCCGAAUUCGACAUAUUUACUUUCGUAGAGAGAGCAAAGCCGAACUUUUGUAAUAGAAACGGCCACACGCACGCGAGUACGACAGUAUGAACAAAAUUGGAGAUAGGAAUCAAAAUGAAGGGGUACCUUUGGAUAGGGCGUUAUCCAUUCUAGUAGUGCGUGUCAAAAGUAAAACGAGAAAUAGGACAGGAGUUACUGACAUAUAAGAUGUUCAGAGCAAUAAAUUACCAGGACGUCCUCCCGAAAAACAAAUAGAGGAACCAAGGUGUCGGUAAAUCUGCUGUGAAAGUUUGGAUGAUAUAAACUUUAGGCGUCUCUGUUGUGAAGGUAGUAUGGAUGAGGGAGUUGUUGCUGCUAUUGUUGUUUUAUCAAAGUUUUCAGUUAGUGCGUGUGGACGUGGUCAUCUAUGCGGGCAUUAACAGGUGUUGCAGCACUCUGCUUAGCAACCGAACUGGUGCCGCCUUCCUGUUCAGGAUUGAGUGGGUGGUCAGGGGAAAACUGUUAUAACCCGGCCUGAUACUCAGAAAUCGUGCGAAACGUAUGCGCACUCGACUAUUGUCCCCAACACUAACAUGGCAGCGGAAAGGAGCACGAUCGGCCAUGAAGAAUAUAUCAGACACCUGCAAGUCCUUAUCACUGAAAAUCUGCUUGUCUCUAUGCAUCUUAUUCAGAUUGGCCAAUAAUCUGUCUAAUUCACCUCAAAGAAAGUCUUAGAAGAGCUGGGCAGUUUCUCGCAGACACGGACCGGUCACAUCUGUCGGGCCGCUGUAGUCACAACCAAAGACAGGACGCUGUCGAACACAUGCUCAUGGCAUGCAGCGUGGGAGACGCGUACACGUGCUUUUAUUUGAGAUUGAAUCUUCGUGGGAAUGUAGACAUUCUCAACACCUCCCCUUCAAGUGGCUCAGUACCACAUCUGGCGUGGAUUGACCUGUAUCGGUCGCGUUGUUCUUCGCACACGGCUUGUCCGACGUCUUGGGAGCAGUUUGCGGUCUACGGAUGCGGAGCUAACAACUGAAACCGAAAACGAUACUGCUGAAGGGGCUGGUCUUUCGGAAUGGCGAAAGUAUCCAGUAAGAUUUCGAGCGGGAGUCACGGCACUUAUUCGGGCUCGGUUGCGUUACUGAAAUGCCGUCGCCUUAUCCGGUUGUGGUGCCGAACCCAGAUGUCAUCACCAACGUGGACGUCAAAUAACAUACUGCCUCUGCGCGCUGCUACGGUCGUCUCAGUCCGGUCUGGAAAAUCAGUUCUAUAAUCUCGGGAGAAGACAGAUGUUUCGAGGGGGAGCCUGCUUCGAGAUGUAGGCGAAUUUGUCUGCGCGGACUCCACACCGAUAGGAACGAGUACAUAAAAAUUUGCAUGUAAUUUUCAGCCAAUCCAAACUUCGACAGAGGAAACGCCAACGAGGGGACGCCGGGUUCGGAGUUGUUGUGUAAGAAAACAGGAAUGCCUGGACUAUCUCGUCGGGGGUCCUCUCCCCACAAGCUUUCAAGAGAGCUCUUGAAUGUGCCGAAAAAACUCUCCACACGACCGUUAAACUGAGAUUGGUAGGGCGGGAAGCGAAGAUUCAGGAUGUUGUGUUGGCGGCAGAAAUCUUAAAACGUCGAUGAAGUAAACUGAACGUCAUUGUCCGAAACUAUGACUUCCGGAAAACCAUGCCGGCCAAGGGUGCGUCGUAGGGAAGCGACAGUGGCAGGUGUGGUCGCCGUAUUUAGCGGAGCAAUCUCGGGUCACUUCGAGUAGGCGUCGACCAAGAUUAGGUAUGAGACUCCGUUAAGUGGACCAGCGAAAUCGAUGUACACUCGUAAACAAGGCCUCUCCAGUGGUUGCCAGGAUACUGGCAGUUGAUGAGGCGUUAUCUUGGCAACUUGUUGACAUCGGAAACAGCGUCGAACCAGGUCGUCGGUGUCUCUGUCAAUACCUCUACAGUGGCUAAAACUGCUAGCAGUCGUAUUCAUUCGGCUGGUACCAGGGGAAGCCGCGUGGAAUUCGCGUAGUAUAGCAGGUCGAAGUGAAGAUGGAAUCACCGCACGGUACGCAAACUCACGGAAGGGCUAACUUGACGGAUACCCGAUACGCUGCUGUUUGCGAUCACAGAGACUUCACUCUUGUAACAGUAACGUCGUCCCGAAAUAUCUACGAUUUUCCCCAUCUUAACAGUGGUGCCCCUUCCUAGUCAGAAAAGGCAGCUCAAGAACUAACUUUUUUUAUUCACCACAGUGUAUCGCGAUAAGCAAGAUCGGGCGCUUCUGCAACGCUAGUAAAGCAGGCAGUUGUCCGUUGGUGGUAGAUAUGACGAAAUUUAAGAAUGCUGGCAGUUUGAAUAUCUAACUGGUGCUCUGACGUCCAGCUAGGAGCCCAACUUGAUUUAGUCUUGUCCUCUAGUCACGCACAUUCUGAAAUCGUCCGGGAAUGAUUGUGACGGAAACAUUUGCAUAAUCAGACUUAUCUGGCGGUAGUUUUCUCACUUACUCUUAUCUCUCUUCUUGAAACCAAGCGAAAGUAUGACCGAGCACAAGUUAUCAGGACUUACCUCAUCUCCCCACGUUUGCUCAGUCAUUUCGUGAAGCCGUAGUGCUAGUGUUGGCACAAGACCUACAGACGUCAGCGAGGAUAACGUCCUCCCUUGGCGCCAUACUAUGUAACCUUUGUGGAGGGCAAGAAGCCGCUGCGGAAGCGAUGGGUAGCUAAUGGGUUGGUCCUAAGAGUUACGGAAGGUGCUCGAAGUGUUUGCAUCGGCGCACGACUUGACCGUGUUGCCGGCAGUAGAAUCGGAAUGCAUAUCUCAAGCAGUGCAGAGGGCCUACCACUAAUCUAGUGAAUAAUUUGGUUGCGUUAUUGAGUGUCCGCUUUUUGCCUACUCAGUGGAGGUUGCCGCUUCAGCUGAAUGAUCUUUACGGACAUCUCUUGUUGACUUUGUCGUCGUUUUCUGGAAUUGGCGUAUGAAAUUAUCUCCGUGGGACGUAGCUCAAGCUGUCUAGGCUUGAGGUCCUUGAGGUGACCCAAUCAUUGCCGCGCAAUUGAGAGAAUCCGAUAAUUCAGUCAUCCACCUUAAGGGCUGAGGACCUCGAUUAUGGCCAUUCGUCACCCACACAGACUUAAAGCCGAAACCAGAGUUCUGCGCUUAGAACAACGACGGUAACCGGUUGUCGUGAUUUAGCGACGACAUCUUACACGAGACAUUUUGUAUCUAGAUGAGAAGUGAACUUUCAGGCAUCUGCAAACAAGAACAUAGUCUGCCCCGUUGGCCUUGUUGGUUUCUGCAUCUGGUAUUGGUCUGUUACCUUGAAUCCAACUACGCAACUUCGAAUUGCUUUGAAUUUAAUCAGUCUGGCUGACCGUACGACUGUCUUUUGAGUACCAGGCCAGCAGAUGUUUAUGCAGAUGAUGGGAGGACGUCUUGGUGACAAUUAGCUGGUUCUGGGCUGCAGAAUUCUGCAAGUGUCACACCGAGAACCAAACCCGAAGCGGACAAUUAAGUGAUUAUUUAACGGCUUGCUUGACUCAGUCCCCAACAAGGACCGAUAAAUCAUGACGAUGGUUACUUUAUGGCGGUUAUUGGCAGUUGGUGUUGGCGUGUAGACAUAAGUGGCGAAGAUGUUGGUAAAGUAUGCCCGUCGUCCGUACCCAUGCCAACUAGUUAUCGUCUGGCCCCCUUGCAAGCAUUGCGCACCGUGUCUACUACAUGGGCCGCGUAGACCAUUAUGGUAGGGUGAAGUGGGAGUUAGCCCCCUGGAUCUUCAGUUCAGAGAGCCCGAGUCAGAUAUUCGUACUGCAGACCUGCGGCAGACAGCCUAGUUUUGCUAAUAACGACGGCGCACCGUCGGAAUUUAGGAACUAGGGUCGAGGAAAGUCCGCUCAUUUCCAGCACCCUAUACCAUGGGAGAUGGUCUCCUCUGUCGCUUUGGCUGCGGCUGUAAGCAAGGUUUUUAAAGAGUUCACGGUCGCCAUUUCACGGGACCAUCAUCGACCUUUGCGGCAGCUGUUAUAAAAUAUUGGAUGUGCCAGACUUCAACCUCCCAUUCCGUUGCUGCUCUACUGCUUUUCUGUCAGACUGAAGAGCCUGCAUAGUUCGCAGCAUACCUUCGCAAAGGCGACUGCACCAUCCACCGUCGGCGGGCGCCCCGGAUAGCCAGAAAAUCCUUCUUUUGGGGUAUCUUCCGCAGGAUAUCGUUUUGUAGCUAUCGCCUGUUUCAAUGCAACUGUCAUAUCUAACGACCAGUCUGGCAAGGGAACUAUUACAUCUUCUUCAACCAUUCCUUAUCAAGUUCCCACUUUAGACUGGGCGCUUCUUCUGCCUGUACGAAAUAAUGAUCGGAGGUGCAGCUGUCUCGAUUGACUUUUCACGCGUGGAGUUAAACAUGAGUUAACUGGUAAGGUUGUAAGGGCAAGCACGUCUGCUCCAUUUUGAUAACCCUCAAAGCCACUGGCCGAGGUUCAGACUCAGGUCUUCCUAACCUAGGACUGAAAUAUGACUGCCGUAUAAGCUAGCAGUAUUAACCAAAGCCCCGCCCCCACAUUUGUUAAAAUACCACUUCCCUGUUACUGAGGGUCACAAAAAUCUGACCUGGGCAGAACCAAUUAUCUGGACCGCCUUUACUCCUACCGAUAGGGAAUGCCCCUAGAGGGCAUCAACAAGAAAUCUGAAUAUCACUUUGUGCGUCGGGUUCGUGCCUAUGGCUCAAAUCUGGAGCCUUUCCGACCAGAUUUUGUGCACAUUUUACCUGUAAGAAUGCCUGUUUCCGCACUUCCCAGUUGGGAAGAUCUGCCUUUUCAUUUUAGUUUGUAUACGAAAGUAGCUGUGCAUGCUAUGUACAGCCAGUUUAGGUUUGAAUUACAGCUUGUUCUAAUGUCAUUCAUCUGGGUUUCGUUAUUAAUACCAAGUUCCACAGUAAGGGUAUCGUAAUGCCCCGGCUUUACCAAACCCUGCCGCCUCAGUUGUGCAUGUCUUUUAAUACUGGUUUCUUUCUCUCCUCUCAUCCAACAGGCAAACGAGCAAGCGGCAAAACGGCGUAUUCGUGGUACUCUUAUUGAGAAGUAG